AUGGAGUCAUCGACAAAUUAUCCAAUGGUGUCUAUGAAUACACCGAUAAAAAAGAUCCGAGAUCUAACCUUAAAUUCACCAUCAUCGGGACAUCAGCUCGAUCUUCAUUUGCAUGACACCUCCACAUUUAACAGCAACAGUAUCUACCCAAGUCUUGAUGAUAUACAGACGUCUCCAACAGCAGCAACAAUGUUACAAAAAGGUUAUUCACAAAAAAUCACUAACAAUGUUUUAUCGGAACUAAAUUCACGAGCCCAACAAUUGUUGGGGUCACCACCACCGAUAUCACGACUGAAUAAUUAUAGCAAUGGAGAUUCCAGCUCCAACAAAGUCAUGAAUAGAAGAAACAAACGCUAUAGUACUAUUCAUAUGAAUAAAUUCACACAAAUGGAUUCUAUAAAUCAGCAUUAUUCGGUUCAUAUGAAAACCCCAUCACCACAGAAAUCUGAAUCACCGUCAUCAGGGGAGAUGGAGGAAUCGGCAACCAAAAGAAGAAGAACAUUGAAUGGAUCUGAUCAGAUAGUUGCUGUUCCAGUAAUACAAAAGGAAACCACUGUUGAGAAUAACAGUAGUCCCAAUAGAAAAAUAUCACCUUCGAAAGGUUCAAGGGAUUUGAAUUCAAUAUUACGACGGAAAACAACAGAGACUGGAUCUCCAAAUAAAGAAAAUUUUGUUAAACCAUAUCCUCCAACCAACAAAUUAAGACAAAGCUCGUUGGAAAUGGCUGGUGUCGUACACACAUCAUCACCUUCACAACAUCAACAACAACAACAACAGAAACUUGCUGAUCCUCCUUGUUUAUACAAGAAACGCUCUAUUCCUCAAUUGCAAAAGAAGUCUUCCCAUCCUACAUUAAACCGAAAAUCUUCAAUACCCACUUUGAACAAAAAGUCGUCAAUCCCUUCAUUACAACGGAAAUCAUCUAUACCAAGUUUUAGUGGGACUCCGUCACCAAAUAUGCCGUCUAUGUAUUUUGCACAUCUGCCUGUUAAUGACAUGCCACCACCGCCACCUCCACAUGGGUCACAUUUGCCUGCGCUCAAUAAAAAACCGUCAUUUACACAAACUAAUAAGAAUACCCCUCGAUUGACUAGAGUCAGUCCAUCGAAAUCAAUACCUUCUAGUGUAUCCUCUAGAAGCGUUGAUUCUCGUGCCUUACAAAACUCAACUAAUCUUCCGACAAUGACGAAAUCAAAGUCUGUAACGAUACCCCAACCGUUCUCAUUAUACGAUAAACCUACAGUUUCAUCGUCCCUCAAAUCGCUUAAUAAGUUUCAAAAAUUCAAAGAUAAGCUUUCGUGA